AUGCGAGCACGCAACAUUAAAGCGCAGCGACGUUUGGUCGCAAUGCCAGCAGGUACGUCGACUGGAAAACAGCUCUGAUGUUAGGAAUCAAAUGUUUUUGCUGAAAAGUACUUCCUGCAGCAUGGCUUAAACGGAUUGAAAUAGUGUAGACAUUCACUCAUAAACAUCCAUUCAGUCAUCCU